UACGUGAACAGCUCCGAGGAGAACGUCCGGUUUGUCAUCUAGUAAUUACGGUAAUUCCGACAUGGCGUGAAAGCAGCAAGAGUCGCAAAAUGUAAUACCCGACUGGCACAACAAAAUUCAGUUUGGAGUUUGUUUUAAUAACAAUAAUAAGUAGUCUAUUCCCCCUAAAGAAAACUACAUUAAAACACAGAGGUUUUGAACAUAAAUUAGGCUCAAACGAGCGGCGUAGACAAAUCUAGAUUUACAAGUCAUUCACUUACAAGAGUAAGUAAUGGUAAUGUUUUGAAGCUCAGUUAGUCCUCUGCGGAAAUGCAUGAAGCGCUGCAUCCCUCGACGUCACAUCCGGUGCAAGAUGGCAGCGACCUUGUGUGGCAGGAUUGUUACAAAAACAGGAUGUCUGCCUUUGGUUCAGAGUGUGCGUCACGGCUCCAAGGCUGUAACCCGCCACAGAAAGCCCAUGCACUUUCUGAAGCAGAAGCUAAUGGCUGUUACAGAAUACAUUCCCCCUAAACCUGCUGCUCCUCCUGGAGCUUUCACGCCACGCACCCGGAAGACUGAGGAGGAAAGUGGCCUGGUGAGGUUGUUAAAGAGAGACCUGAAGACGGUCUUCAGUGAGUGUAAGAUGAUUGCUGUGCUCCAGAACAAUGCCACCAAUGCUGAGGACAUGUUGCUGCUGAAGCACAGGCUUAGAAAACAUGACAUCACUAUUAAAUUUUUCCCUAACCAGGUAAUGAGAUCCUUUCUUCCCGGCAGUCCGUAUAGCAACAUGCAGCCUCUGUUCAUUGGACAAACUGUGUUAUUUGUCAGUAAAGAGCCAAAAGUGAAGGAAAUGUUACAGGUGUUAAGGAGUAGUCCUCAGAUGCUUCUCUUAGGUGCCUGUAUCGAGAACACGCUACUCUCAAGAGAAGGAAUUCUUAACUACUCCAAGCUGCCAUCCAUGCGUACUGUCCAUGGUGAGCUGGUUGGAGGCUUGACCUUGAUGACUUCACACACUGUUUCAAUGCUGCAUCGGCACCCUGCGUACCUCUCAGCUCUCCUCCAGCAGUAUAUUAAACAGCAGCAGUCUGCAGACAGUGCCGAGCUCGAGGCAGCGCCUAAAACUGAGGAAACAACAGCCUGAAUUGAAUUAGUUGCCAUCUGAGAGGCUGAAGAAAUUUCAUAUCCAUAGGCAUGAACUCUGUGUGGACUCUGAUAAAGAACAUUAAUACUGUGUUGACAUAAAUAUGUCAUGUAUUUAUGGAUUGAUCAGUGGAAUACUCAACAUAGAGAUACUUGGCCCCAUUAACAGUCACCUGUUUCUUUUAUUAUUCAAAAUCAUAUAUUUGUCUGACCGCAUAUCACACGCAGCAGUGUUUGAUGUACAAAUAAAUGCCGGUAAAGUCA